AUGUCUCUCUUCCCCACCGCCGGCGCCCUGAGCGCCACCUUCGGCCAAGCAUACCCCUACACCGUCAACCGCCCCGCCAAACGCUCUCCCUACCAGGCGCGCUCCGAGCUGUACAGCGCGUGGGAUGUCGCGGAAGAUGCCAAGAACAAGGCCGGCCAGUUGAGCGAUGCCGCCACCAAAGAGAUCCAGAAGGCUUCCAACAUUGCCCAGGCCAAGGCCGGCCAUAUUGAGCUGUACAGCGGGAAGUACUAUGCUGCGUGUACCUUUGGAGGCAUGAUGGCUUGCGGCCUGACCCACUGGGCCGUCACGCCGCUCGACCUCGUCAAGUGCCGUCGCCAAGUCGACAGCAAGCUGUACAAGGGCAACUUCCAGGCCUGGAACAAGAUCUGGACGUCCGAGGGCGCGAGCGCCAUCUACACCGGCGGCUCGCCCACCUUCUUCGGCUACUCCGUCCAGGGUGCACUGAAGUACGGCGGGUACGAAUUCUUCAAGAAGUUCUACUCCGACCAGGUCGGCGAGGAGAACGCCAAGCGAUACAAGACUUGGGUCUAUCUUGCUGGUUCCGCGUCUGCUGAGUUCUUCGCCGAUAUUGGUCUCUGUCCCUUUGAAGCCGUCAAGGUCCGCAACCAGACUACCAUGCCUGCACCGUACAAGGGAGCAUUCGAUGGUAUCAGCAAGAUUAUCGCCGCCGAAGGUUUCGCUGGUCUCUACAAAGGCAUCAACCCCCUCUGGGGCCGUCAAAUCCCCUACACCAUGAUGAAAUUCGCCUCCUUCGAGACCAUUGUCGAAAUGAUCUACAACUACCUGCCCGGCACCAAGAACGACUACGGCAAGGGCGCGCAGACCGCCGUCGCCUUCUCUGGUGGGUACGUCGCCGGUAUCCUCUGCGCCAUCGUCUCCCAUCCCGCCGACGUCAUGGUCAGCAAGCUCAAUGCCAACCGUCAAGCCGGUGAAUCCUUUGGUGCCGCCACGUCGAGAAUCUACAAGGAUAUUGGCUUUGGUGGAUUGUGGAACGGUUUGCCCGUGCGUAUCGUGAUGAUCGGAACCCUCACCGGCCUCCAAUGGAUGAUCUACGACUCCUUCAAGAUCUUCAUGGGCCUGCCGACCACCGGUGGUCCGUCGCCGCAAGAAGACAAGAAGCAGGCGGCUUAA